AUGGGAAGCAUAUUAUUCACAAGCGGUGCCACCGUAACUUUUAGGCAAUUACUCGAGGUGAUUACAAACUACGAGUUUGUAGUAGAGGCUAUCAUUGGAAAUGGGAUCACCAGAAUGAUAGUGCAGUACGGCAAUGAAAUCGAAACCGGCACAAAUAGACACAUAAGUGAAGAAUACUAUAAGCUGUGUGUGGAAGAACAGGAAUUGACGCAACAUCUACAAUUGGAGGAGGUGAAGGCCCUGCAAUACGAUAGUAAUGUGGUGACAUACCGUUCGAGUAAGUAUCAUGGGUUUGAAAUGGUGGUUUUCCCAUUUUCGAACGAUAUUUGCCGAAUAAUAUCUGAAGUUGACUUGGUAAUUUCCCAUGCAGGUACUGGGUCUAUUAUAGACACAUUGCGGUUGGAAAAGCCCCUAAUCGUGGUCACGAAUGAUAAAUUGAUGAACAAGCAUCAAGAGGAAGUGGCCGACGAAUUGGUGAAGUUGGGGUGCUGUAAAAAAAUUGCAAUCGAAGAUAUGAAGCUGGGUCCAUUAAAGGGGUACAUUUCUGAAAUUUUGUCUGGAUCCAAAGUCUUCACCAGACUCCCCGAAUGUAGUAAGACCAAAGUAGAAGGUAUUGUUUAUCAUGAGCUAGUAAGAUAA